UGCGAAAGCCACACGAAAGCGACGACCAAGGGAGAAUCCGUCAAUUCCCCAAUCCCCAUCCUCUCACCGGCGCAAACCCACGGGAUCCGUCGCGAUCGCGACGCAGCCUCCAAUUCGCGCCGAUGCCUGCCCCCGCGCCGUGGCCCGUGUCGCAGGACGUCGCGGCGCUCGCCGAUCGCGCCAGCGCCUUCUCCCGUGCCGUCGUCGGGCCCCGCAACGACCUGGGUGCUCUCGCGGCGGCGCUCCUUCGGAUCCAACCCGUAGCCCGCGAGCUCGAGCGCUGGAGGUGGCUCACGCCCGGCGACCCUGAGGUGCCCGACCUGCACGCCUGGCUCUUCGAGCUCAGGGACGCGGUGGCCGACGCCGAGAGCAUCCUAGAUGAGCUCCACCGCCGGCGCCAGAUCGGCCCUCCGCUCUCGGCCUGCGUAUACGCCACGUUCCGUGGCCCCGGACGGAAGCUGAGGCGGCUGACGGAGAGGCUCAACCGCGCCCGCGACGAUUCGGAGCGUCUGCGACCUGGCAGCGCUGCGGCCAUCUACGGUGUGCGGUCGCCGAACAGGGUAACCGGCUCCGUUUUCGCGGAGCGGAAGGUACUCGGGCGUGGGGAGGAGUGCAACUCCAUAAUCUCCAGGCUCGUCGACGAUUGCGAGGAAACAUGCCGUCCGGUAUCUCCGGUUAUUGCAGUGGUUGGCCAUGGAGGCAUCGGCAAAACCACGGUCGCUCAGUGCGUGUACAACGAUGCGAGGGUUGAAGCGCGGUUCGAUCUGAGAGCCUGGGUCUGCGUCUGGGACAGAUCAGAUGAGGCCGAGCUCACCAGGGAGAUUUUACAGUCCAUUGGUUGUGCAGAUGAUAAACCGUGUGAUGACGGUCUUGCCAGUUUAGACAGUUUGCAGGAGAAGUUUGAGAAUCUGGUUGCACGUAAGAGGUUCCUCCUGGUACUUGACGAUGUUUGGAUUGAUGAGGGUAAAACCGAGAAGGAGAAUAGGAGCAUUUGGAACAGAGUGUUGGUGCCACUUAGAUCUGCCACAACUGGGAGCAAGGUCUUGUUGACCACUCGGAUGAAACUAGUAGCUGAGGUUCUGAAUGCGGGUUAUUUGGUUUCGCUUGAUGGAUUAAGAAGCAGUGAUUGUUGGUUGCUGUUGAAGGAAGUUGCUUUGGGUGGAGAAACCAUGGAUUUUCCACCUGAGUUGCAAGAGGUUGCAGGAACUCUUGUUGCAAUGGUUAAGGGCUCACCUUUAGCUGCUAAAGCUAUUGGGCAAAUGGCAAGGAGCACCAGGAGCACACGGAAAUGGAGAACCCUGGUGAACACAGAAAUUAGUAAUGAUAUCAUUAUCUCUUCCAUCCAACUCAGUUACAAACACUUGCCGGGUCAUCUCCAGCGCUGCUUUGCAUACUGCAGCAUAUUUCCAUCAACUUGGAGGUUCAGUCGCUCUCAGUUGGUCAAUAUGUGGAUAGCUCUCGGUUUCAUUCAAUCAUCAGCAGAAGGGAAAGGGCUGGAAGAAUUAGGGCAAAAAUACUUUGAUGAUCUCCUAUCACGAUCCUUCUUUGGUACUGCAAAUAAAGACCAGCAAACAUAUUACUUCCUUGAUGACCUAAUGCACAUUUUGGCACAGCACUUCUCUGCUCAUGAUUGUAUGAAAAUCAACGAGGGCAUCCCUGUUGUGAUUCCACCAACAGUUCGUCAUCUGUCUGUUUCAACCGAUUAUUUACCACAGCUGAAGAGCAAAUACAGGUUGGGAAGGCUGCAAACAUUGUUAGUCCUCAGAAGCUCAUCGUUAUCUUCAGGUCAUUUCCCUAGAAAACUUCUGGCCAAAUUUAAGAACUUGCGGGUCCUGGAUCUGAGUGGAUCUGAUAUUGUAGAAUUGCCAGAAAGCAUUAAUCAGUUGGUACAUCUUCAUUACCUAGCUAUAUGCAGUAUAACUAACAAACUUCCCAAGACUAUAUACAUGCUUAAACAUCUUGAGGUGUGUGAUAUACCUAUAUUCUUAUUUCAUGAUGAUCAUCCUAGAGGUGUUGGUAAAUCUGUUACAGUUAAACGUCUCAAAACAUGCUGUGGCAAGCAGGCAAGGUCAGUUAAGUCCUUGAUUGAUGUGUAAGGACUGUUAUAGGAAAAGGAUUAACCUGCACGGCUUAUUAGUUAAUCGAUCAACCAAUGUCUGACUUUCAGAAUCAAACUUUACAGUAAUCCCAGCAGCAGGCAUGAAGUGCAAUUUUUCUUUUCAAUUCGACACCUUCAAGCUCUAGAAUCCAUUUCUACUCAGCCUGUUUCUGUGAUUUGGUGUCAGAAUAACUCCAGUUUGGUGGAUCAAGAAUCUGGUUGUUCACAUCCAUCAAAACUUCAAACUAUUUUGUGUUGGUUUGUUUGAUAGUCCCAGGUUGGUACUUUGCAACCUUUCAAGCCCUCUUUAUUGCAGGACUACUUGGCUGUUUUGCCUAUCCGCAACUUAUGUAUAGUUAUUUUAUUUUUACUUUUAUUUUUUUUAUUUCCAUUUGUAAGGUAUUCCAUUUUGGUUUUCACUGUCAACUGGUGCAAACAAGACUGUUGCAACAGGGAAAAAAUAGACUAUGAUACCAUAACUG